AUGUCCAUUGGCUGGGAAACCAACAAGCAGUCUGGCCUGAACAGAAUGAAAAUAAACAUGGAGGGAGAGCUCACAGACUUUAACUUCUGGGAGGGAGUGCACAGCCUAGGCAGCCAGCUGAGCAGUGAAAUAGCUCUAGAUCCAAAAGAGGGACAGGCUGUGAACACGUUUAAAGUCAUGUCUGUUACAAAAACCGCAAGGUACGAUAAAAUAACGGGAAAGAACAAUGAAACAGUGUACAUCUACGGAGACUGGAGACAGGGAUCUCCGAAAAUAGGAAACACUGUGAGCAUUGUCCCGUGCCUGUGCUGUCCAGAGGCAAUUGAUGCAGGCGAUCUGAACAUCAUCACAAACGAGUCCAACUAUCUAAUUAUUCACUCAAAAAAAUCACUGGUAGCAACGAACAUAAUACAGUCACUGGAGUGCGUGCGCAAGGCAAUGCUCAUGGAAAGCAUCGAGCAGCUGAACAGACCAGUGACAAAGCCCCUUGUGCACGGAAUAAUAAUCCACGAGUGGCUGGAGUUCCUGAUAAAGAACAGAGGAACACCGAUACCUGCUGUAGCAAUGGAGCUGAAGAGAAUUAUUUGCAAAUACACGCUGCAGCUGUACAAGAUAGGAGAAAAAAUUGAUAAAAUAUUUUCCGAAAUAUUUAGACACUUUGGGACUCUCAAGGGGUUUAUCAGCACGCUCGAAUACACAGAGUCAAAAGAAAGCAAAACCGUGCACAGCCAGCUUCUCCAGCUGAAAGGAAAGCCAGACAUUAUUAUAUCCAGCAGCAAAGGAGAGACUGAGAUAGAGCUGAAAACAGGACAGAACCUGCACAUUGACAAUAUAGCACAGGUUAUUCUCUACGGUCUUUUGCAGAAAGAGCAGAAGGGAUAUAGCUCGCAGCGUCUGUACCAUCUGAAGAGUAACGCGUGCCAAGAGAUUAAGCUCAAACACUCCGAAGUAAUACACAUUCUGUGCCACAGAAACAGAAUGGUGAGAGAAACGAAGAUGCCUCCCCGCAAAGUCAUACCGCACUGUGCCAUAUGCAAUUUAAGCGAGAUAUGCAGUAAUAUUUCGAAAAUAGAAGACUCUGCCAGAGACUUUCCCAUUCCGCAGUCAGUGGGAUCACAGAAAACUCCGAUCAGCGGGAUGGACAUGCUGAAGAUAAUGGACUUUAGCAACAUAUACCUGUUCGGAUACCUGUGGGAGCAGAUACAGGAGGAAGAGAACAGGGCAAAGGAAACAGCAGUGCAGGCCUCUGUAGAUAUAUGGGACAAUAACCACCUGAAAAUAACUUUAAGCGAAGAAAAGACUAAGAGCUUUUUUUGCGGUGAGUUUGUAAUGGUCUACGACAUGGAUAUGUGCUCAUUUGGAAGAGGAGUUAUUUCAGUUGUCAAUCAAGAAACAAUUGAGAUACACAUGCACGAAAGACUGCUUUACGAUCACAAGGGCCUUAUAUACAUAUCAAAAGACCCGUCUUUAAAAAUGUUUGCUGAGCUAAGAUCUUCUCUUCUUUAUCUAUUUUCCACCGAAAAAAUCAAAAAAAUGUGGCUGGAAAUACCUGAUAAGUCUGUCCCUCCGCACAUUCCCUCUGAGUUUAUCGAGGAGUUUCAGGAUCUCAACAAAGAUCAGAAGUCAGCACUGUACAACGCUGUGCACCCUGCGCCGUACGCACUCAUUCAUGGAAUGCCUGGGACGGGAAAAACCAAAGUGAUUUCUCUGCUGUCAAAGAUAGUUGCAAGCCAGAAAAAGAAAGUGCUUAUUUGCUGUUUUACACACCUGUCGCUAUCUAACAUAGAAAAAAGACUAGAGGGCUGUGCUGCGCUGAAGAUAUACAGAACAGGAAGAACUAAGGUAGAAGAUAUUGCAAAGUCUCCGGAAGAAAUAGGAGAGCUCUUUGACUCAUACAACAUUAUUCUUUCCACAACAAGAUCGUUUUUCAAAGACCCUAUUUUCGACAACAGAACAUUUGAUAUGUACAUAGCAGACGAGGCAACACAGCAAAACUUUCUUUUUUCAGUCAUUCCCACCAUGUUUUCAUCUUCAUUUGUGCUUGUAGGCGACCAUUUGCAGCUGCAUCCUCUGGCAAAAACACCUGCGCUUGGAAUCAGUCUCUUCGAGCUUCUGAGAACAAGACACUCUGUCAGCGCGCUGACAAUGCAGUACAGAAUGCCACAGUGCAUCAUGGAUGUGGCUAAUGCUAUGUUUUACAAUGGGCAAAUGAAGUGCGAACAAAAAGAGAAGGGAAGCAUAUCGUUCAUCAAUGCCACUGCAGAAGAUGCUGAGCACAUUGUGAGAAGCCAAAAGAGAACAACCCAGAUACUGUGCUACUUCAAUGAACAGGCUAGGAACGUGCGAAUGCUGGGAAAAGAGGCAGAAACAGUUGAUAAGUUCCAAGGGAGUGAGUGCAGAGACAUUCUUCUUAUUGUAGACUUGCUGCUGGCAGGGCCACCAAAACUGGAAAUACUUACAUCGCCAGAGAGACUGAAUGUAGGCCUCACACGAGCCAAAGCAUCCCUGAAAAUACUGGGGAAUGCAGAGUUUUUGAAGAAGUUUCCACUGUUUGAGCAGCUCUUCGAAUAUUUGCCUUAUGAGGAGUAUGUGAGCUAG